AUGGAUGAUGUGGCUGUGGUCUUUACCCAGGAAGAGUGGGCUUUUCUGGAUCUUGCUCAGAGGAAGCUCUACAGAGAUGUGAUGCUGGAAACCUUGAGAAACCUGGCCUCCGUAGGAGAACUCUCUGAAUUUUAUGGUGAUAAAGAUCAGCCUAUAAACCAGGGGGCACAUUUAAGAAAAUUUCAUAACAGAGAUAAGCCUUAUGAAUGUAAGGAAUGUGGGAAAGGCUUUCGUUGGCCUUCAUCCCUCACUAUACAUAUGCGAACUCACAGUGGACAGAGGCCUUAUGAAUGUAAGCAGUGUGGUAAAGUCUUUAGUUAUUCCUCAGCCCUCACUACACAUAGUAGAACACACAGUGGAGAGAAACCUUAUGAAUGUAAGGAAUGUGGAAAAGCAUUUAGUCGUUCCUCACACCUCACUUCGCAUAUAAAAACUCAUAGUGGAGAGAGGCCUUAUGAAUGUGAGCAGUGUGGAAAAGUCUUUAGUCAUUCUUCUGCCCUCAUUACACAUAAAAGAACACACAGUGGAGAGAGACCUUAUGAAUGUACAGAAUGUGGGAAAGCCUUUAGUCAGUCCUCACACCUCACUACACAUAAAAAAACUCACAAUGGGCAGAGGCCAUAUGAAUGUAAGCAAUGUGGAAAAGCAUUUAGUCAGGCUUCUUCCCUCACUCAACAUGUAAGAACUCACAGUGGAGAGAGGCCUUAUGAAUGUAAGGAAUGUGGGAAAACUUUUAGGUGUUCUUCAAACCUCAGUACACAUAAAAGAACUCACAGUGGAGAGAGACCUUAUGAGUGUAAGGAAUGUGGGAAAGCCUUUAGGUGUUCCUCACACCUCACUAAACAUAGAAGAACACACAGUGGAGAGAGACCUUAUGAAUGUAAAGAAUGUGGGAAAACCUUUAGUCGUUCCUAUUACAUCUCUGAACACAGAAGAACUCACAGUGGAGAGAAACCGUAUGAAUGUAAAGAAUGUGGGAAAGCCUUUAAUUGUUCCUCAGCCCUAACUACGCAUAUGAGAACUCACAGUGGAGAGAGGCCGUAUGAAUGCAAGGAAUGUGGGAAAGCCUUUAGUCAGGCCUCACACCUAACUAGACAUAUAAGAACUCACAGUGGAGAGAGACCUUAUGAAUGUAAGGAAUGUGGAAAAACCUUUAGGGAUUCCUCAGCCCUCACUACACAUAUAAGGACUCACAGUGGAGAGAGGCCGUAUGAAUGUAAGCAAUGUGGGAAAGCCUUUAGUUGUUCCUCAGCCCUCACUACACAUAGUAGAACUCACAGUGGAGAGAGGCCCUAUGAAUGUAAGGAAUGUGGGAAAGCUUUCAGUUCUUCAUCAUUGUUAACUAAUCAUAGAAGAAUUCACAGUGGAGAGAUGCCUUAUGAAUGUAAAGAAUGUGGGAAAGUCUUUAGUCAAGCCUCAAACCUCAAUAAACAUAGAAGAAUUCACAGUGGAGAAAGGCCGUAUGAAUGUAAUCAGUGUGGGAAAACUUUUAAAUGUUCCUCACACCUUACUACACAUAGAAGAACUCACAGUGGGGAGAAGCCUUAUGUUUGUAAGGAAUGUGGGAAAGCUUUUAGUGAUAACUCAGCACUCAAUAAACAUGUAAGAACUCACAGUGGAGAGAUGCCUUAUGAAUGA